UCUCCUCUUCUUAUCAGUCCUAAACCCAGAACCCUCGCCCUCGCCCUCGCCCGAUCCAAACCAUGGCCCUCUCAGUCGAGAAAACCUCGUCCGGGCGCGAGUACAAGGUCAAAGAUCUGUCACAGGCCGACUUCGGGCGGCUCGAAAUUGAGCUGGCUGAGGUAGAAAUGCCGGGACUCAUGGCAUGUCGGGCCGAGUUCGGGCCUUCGCAACCCCUCAAGGGAGCCAGAAUCACUGGUUCUCUCCACAUGACUAUCCAGACCGCCGUCCUCAUUGAAACUCUCACCGCCCUUGGCGCCUCCGUCCGGUGGUGCUCGUGCAACAUCUUCUCCACUCAAGACCACGCCGCUGCCGCCAUUGCCCGCGACUCCGCUGCCGUUUUCGCCUGGAAGGGUGAAACCCUUCAGGAGUAUUGGUGGUGUACUGAGAGGGCAUUGGACUGGGGUUCAGAAGGAGGGCCUGAUUUGAUAGUGGAUGAUGGUGGUGAUGCAACUUUGCUGAUUCAUGAGGGGGUCAAGGCAGAGGAGGAGUAUGAGAAGACUGGGAAGUUGCCGGACCCGAGCUCAACUGAAAAUGCUGAGUUUCAGAUAGUUUUGGGGAUAAUUAGAGAUGGACUUAAGGUGGAUCCCAAGAAGUACCACAAGAUGAAGGGGAGAUUGGUUGGUGUUUCGGAGGAGACUACCACCGGUGUCAAAAGGCUUUAUCAAAUGCAAGCUAAUGGAACCCUGUUGUUCUCCGCUAUUAAUGUCAAUGAUUCUGUUACUAAGAGUAAGUUUGACAAUCUGUAUGGGUGCCGUCAUUCCCUCCCUGAUGGUCUCAUGAGGGCUACCGAUGUGAUGAUUGCUGGUAAAGUUGCUGUUGUCUGUGGAUACGGAGAUGUUGGUAAGGGUUGUGCUGCUGCUCUCAAGUCAGCAGGUGCUCGUGUGAUUGUGACAGAAAUUGACCCAAUUUGCGCUCUUCAGGCCUUGAUGGAAGGAAUUCCAGUUCUAACUUUGGAAGAUGUUGUCUCCAAAGCUGACAUUUUUGUGACAACCACAGGAAACAAAGACAUUAUUAUGGUGGACCACAUGAAGAAGAUGAAGAACAAUGCAAUUGUUUGUAACAUAGGUCACUUUGAUAAUGAAAUUGAUGUGCUUGGUCUUGAAAACUACCCAGGCGUGAAACGGGUCACCAUCAAGCCCCAAACUGACCGCUGGAUUUUCCCCGAAAAUGGAACUGGCAUCAUUAUACUUGCUGAAGGACGGCUGAUGAACUUGGGCUGUGCAACUGGACAUCCAAGCUUUGUCAUGUCUUGCUCCUUCACCAACCAGGUGAUUGCACAGCUUGAGCUUUGGAAGGAGAAGGCAACUGGCAAGUAUGAGAAGAAGGUGUACGUGUUGCCAAAGCAUUUGGAUGAGAAGGUUGCUGCCCUUCAUUUGGGAAAGCUUGGAGCUAAGUUGACAAAGCUCACUUCUGGCCAAGCUGCCUAUAUUAAUGUUCCAGUAGAGGGUCCAUACAAGCCACCUCAAUAUCGGUACUGAGAGAUGAACAACCUGGAUGAAGGGCUUCUACUGGUACUUCUUUGGGUGUUGGUUUAGAUGCUUUCGGUUGGCCGUUUCCUCGUUGAUUCUGAGUUAUGAUAGUUAUAGAUCGUUUUAGAUUGUGGUUCGACUCUGCCGUCUGGCAAAUGAAGUCGUUUAUGUAAUGAUGAGUAACGAAAAAUGGUGAACUAAUAAGUGAUGCAUAUGAAUCAGUUUAUUGUCAAGUUUUAAAGCCAUUGCUUGUUGCAUCAGCUAAUGCUGUUUUGUAAUCUCCA